GCAUUAAUCAUCAAUUCUUACUCUACCUUAUCCUGUUUUUGAAUGUGCAUAAUGACUAAUAAUAUUUACUUUGUUAUUAAAUCGUAUGAAGAAUAAAUAAAAGUGCUUGCAUCAUGCAUUAUGUUUUAAGUUAGAAAAUGAAAAUUUUAGAGGGAAAAGUAGUUGCAUUGGGUUCACAAGGUGUUGGUAAGACAAGUAUAAUUAUGCGUUAUAUUGGAAAAUCAUGUAAUGAGCAUCUGAGUCCUACAAUUGGAGCAUCAUUUUUUACCUGUAAAUUAAAUGUAGAAAAUGCAAGAAUAAUGCUACGGGUAUGGGAUACUGCAGGACAAGAAAGAUUUAAGUCAAUGGCACCAAUGUACUAUCGAAAUGCUAAUGCAGCUAUGUUGGUAUUUGAUUUAACUCAAUACAAUACAUUUGCAGCAAUGAAACGAUGGGUAACAGAACUUCGAAGAAAUGUAGAAGAAGUUAUGACAUUAGUUGUAAUUGGAAACAAAUCAGAUUUAACAAAAGAACGCCAAGUUGAUGCGGAAGAGGGUAGAGUUUAUGCUACAAAAAUUGGUGCAAGUUAUCAUGAAACAUCAGUUCUCCAAAACGAAGGAAUUAAAAAUGUAUUUCUGGCUAUUGGUAGUGGUCUCCUUAAAUUAUCUUCAGCCGAAUGUGAUUCUACAUCAAUCAGAGUAUAUGAAUCAACAAAUUUGAAUUGGAACAAUACAGAUAUGUUAUCUACACCAAUUAUCGAGGAAAGUGCUCAAAAUCUUAGUAUUGCUCAUGGAAUGCAAGAAAGACCAUAUGCAUGUUGCUAGUCUUUGAUUUUUUAUUUUGAUUUCUAAAAUAUGAUAAAAUUUGUAUAAUUGUUUUUUAAUAAUUAUUUGAGAUAAAAUCUAAAUCUUUUUUUUAUGUAAAUAUGCACAAACAUAAAUGAAUGCGAGCAUUCUUAUUUUUGAUUCAAAAAAAUAUAUUCAUUAAUUUUGUUAUAAAUUUUGAUUUAUGUUAGCAUUUCUAAUAAGUUUUUAAAAAAA